AUGAUGAUGAGGAGGAAAAAUGAAGGAAGAAGUGAAGCUCCAAAUUAUGACAUAGAAAACCAGCACAAUCCUUUGGAAACUUCGAUGAGCCAAGAGUUGGCCAACUUGUCUCCCCUGCCCCAAUUGCGUUGUAUCUACAGAGUUCCUGAGCGACUACGGCGAGGAAACGAAAACGCCUACACACCUCAAGUAAUCUCUAUAGGCCCACUUCACCAUGGCAAGGAACACUUAAAGGCCAUGGAAGAGUUCAAAAAGAGGUAUCUAGCGGAUUUUCUACGUCGAACCCAAUACAUGAUGAUGAGGAGGAAAAAUGAAGGAAGAAGUGAAGCUCCAAAUUAUGACAUAGAAAACCAGCACAAUCCUUUGGAAACUUCGAUGAGCCAAGAGUUGGCCAACUUGUCUCCCCUGCCCCAAUUGCGUUGUAUCUACAGAGUUCCUGAGCGACUACGGCGAGGAAACGAAAACGCCUACACACCUCAAGUAAUCUCUAUAGGCCCACUUCACCAUGGCAAGGAACACUUAAAGGCCAUGGAAGAGUUCAAAAAGAGGUAUCUAGCGGAUUUUCUACGUCGAACCCAAGUAAGCUUGAAUGAUUAUAUAAACAAAAUAAAGGAUCAAGAAGCAAGGUUGCGCAGUUAUUAUGCAGAUUCUAUUGAGUUCGACAGUGAUCAAUUAAUAAGAAUCGUUCUAGUGGAUGCCGCCUUCAUCAUUGAGUUCUUACUGAGGAAGUGUUUUCUCGAAUUUCGAGAUGAAAAUGACUACAUGUUUGAUAAACCCUGGAUGAAACAUGAUGUAUCGCCUGACUUGCAGAUGCUUGAAAAUCAGCUGCCAUUCUUCAUUCUUGAGGAUCUUUUUGACCCUGAUAAACUUUUCCCUCCUGCUAGUAGGAAAUUUUCGCUAAUAUUUGUUUCUUUCUAUUCGUUCAAAGCUGCAAUAUAUAGAGAGGGAACAAAAGACGACUUGGACAGAAUUUUUGUUCCUGGAGUAGAGGUAAAACAUUUUGUUGAUUUUAUGAGAAUUUUGUGUCAACCAAUGGAACCAAAACCUGGAGGGAAACUUAAAUCUCCCACGACACCCAACAUGGCAGAGCUACAUCAGGCCGGAGUCAAGUUUAAUGUGGGAACAAGCAAAAGUCUGUUUGACAUAAAAUUCUCUAGUGGGGUUCUGGAAAUUCCAAAGUUAAUAGUAUCGGAUUCGACAGAGCUGGUAUUCAGAAAUCUCCUGGCUUUCGAACAAUGUCACUGCAAGAACAUGAAUUACCUAACUAAUUAUGUUUUCCUCAUGAAGCGUUUGGCGACUUCAUCAAAGGAUGUGGAGCUGCUUGUUGAGCAUGGCAUUGUUCAAAAUUGGAUAGGUGAGAACAGUGGGGUAUCUACUUUGCUCAAUAACCUUGGCAGUGGGCUCCUUGUUAGCAACCACUAUUAUGCUACUCUGUGUGAUGAGCUGAACAUCUACUGCAGAACUCGCAGGCACAAAUGGAUGGCAAAUUUGAGGCAAAAUUAUUUUAACACACCGUGGUCGACUGUUUCUGUCAUCGCAGCUAGUGUUCUCCUCAUACUCACUCUCAUCCAAACAGUCUGCUCUGUCAGAUCUAUUAUUUAAGCUUCCACCACCACUAGUCUCUCCUCUCUCCUCUGUAUUCUCCCUACCCUUGAAAGUAGUCUAGUCUAGCUAGCAGGUUCUGGCUUCCUUAAAGUGGGUCGAAGAGAUAUUUGAAUAAAAGAAAGUUUGUGUAUUGUAUGUCA